GCACCGAUGCCAUUUCCGCCGGAUAUAAAUAAGUGACGUACCGAGCUUUACAACGAGGAAUGUUCUGAUGUUCACCGUGUGUAGAAAUGUUCUUUUAGCUCAGUUAUCGACUUGGUCGAUUCGCUGACAAACUUUCUUCACUUUAUAGUCGUUCCUUUAUUUAUUGUUUCGCUGAGGAAAUGUUUGCCAAACCGUUCCGUGUCAAAUCCAACACCCUUAUCAAAGGAUCAGACAGGAGGAAGCUGAAGGCCGACGUAUCUGCAGCGUUUCCUUCGUUCACGGCUGAGCAGCUCUCAGAACUGGUCUCCAACAAAGACGAAAUAAACGUGGUCAAAACGUAUGCACAUAAAGGAGACGCUGUGACACUUUAUGUUGUGCACAGAAACCCGCUGUUCUUUGAAGUGGAUAAAAAACUUUACCCCACAGUGUAUACUCUUUGGCGUUUCCCUGAUCUCCUGCCAACGUUCAAAACAUGGCCGCCGGUGCUGCAGAAGUUGAUGGGAGGAGCAGAUCUCAUGCUGCCCGGUGUGGUGGUGCCACCAGGUGGUCUCCCCGAUGUCCGACAGGGGGAGUGCUGUGCUGUUACGUUAGUCAAUAAUAGAGCUGCGGUGGCCGUGGGCAGAGCCUCCGUGUCCACUGCACAGAUGCACAGCUGUGGCAUGAAGGGAAGAGGAGUUGGUGUCCUUCACACCUACAUGGACAGCCUGUGGGCUUUUGGAGACAAGUUGUGUCCACCUACUUUACCAGAUGUGGACAGACAAGGACAGAGGACCUGUGAAGACGAAGAGGAGGAGGAGGAGGAGGAAGAGGAGGACUGUGUGGAACAGAAGCAGAACUCUGAGGAAUCAGUUACUGACCAACUGUGCUGUGACACUGAGGAGCUGAACCUAGAACAGGAGGAGGAGGAGGAGGAGGAGAACCAGGGAGGAGAGGAGGACCAGGAGGAGCAGAAGACUCCUCAAGAGAGAACGGACGCUCUGCUGCUGCAGUGUUUUCUUCACGCGCUGAAGAGUAAAGUGAAGAAGUCGGACCUGCCUCUGCUGACCAGCUCCUUCCUCAGAAACCACAUGUUCUCCUGCUGCCCCAGGGGGCAGCAGCUGGACCUGAAGAAGUCCUCGUACAAGAAGCUGUCCAAGUUCCUGCAGGUCAUGCAGCAGCAGUCCGGUCUGAUCCGGGUCAAGGAGCUGACCAGGGGGGUGGAGAGCAUCGUGGAGGUGGACUGGAGGAGCCCAGAACUGCGGUCCUUCAGUGUCCCCGAGGAGACGGAGGCGGAGACGGAGGACACACAGCAUGACGGGGACGGAGGGACGCCGUACCAUCCACCCGACAUCACCACCCUGUUCUCAGUGUCCACUCGGGUGGAGCCUCUCUUCAUGGAUGCACACAAAAGGAAAGGUUCGGUGGUGUCGGCCGCUGACGUCAGGAGAAUCAUCACUGACUUUGUGAAAACGAACGAACUGGUGGAUGAGAAAAACAAGAAUUAUGUGAUCGUGAACCCAGUUCUCUGUGACUGUCUGCUGGAGAAGUCGGAGUUCUCUGAGGUGGAGGUUCUGAAGUGGGAGGAUCUUUUUAGCAGGACUUUAGGCAGAAUGCAGGAGUGUUAUCAGGUGGUCUUCCCUGGACAGACAGCAGAGGUCAGGAAAGGUCGGAUUGAGCCCAUAGACGUCACUGUGGCUUCACGGGGGUCCAACAAGAAGGGGACUCUCAUAAAGAACCUUGAGGUCUAUCACCUGGACCCGGCUCUUGUAGCGUCUGCUCUUCAGCACCGGGUCCAGGCCAGCUCAGUUCUCCAGCCCAUCCCUGGGACCAAGGAUAAAUUCCUGGUCCAGAUCCAGGGAAACCAGAUCCACCACGUCGGCCGUUUACUCUUAGAACACUACAGGGUUCCCCGUGAGUACAUCCAGGGGCUGGACAAGGCUCUGAAAGGUGGGAAGAAGAAGUAGCUGCUGCACCUCCUCCACCUCCUCCACCUCCUCUGAAUACUGUCACAUCAGGAUGCUGUAAAGUCCAGGGUUCACUACUGCAGUAUCUUCAGGAGUAGUACUCAGUACUUACUACUACGUGUCAUUUAUAUGAGGAUGAAGACACAGAGCAGUGGACCACCAGAGCAGAAUAAAGACCUCCACCACAGCAGAAUAAAGACCUCCACCUCCCACAUGAUGGUCCCUGUGUGUGUGUGUUCAGUGU